UUUCUUAUAUAUUACAAAGAAACUUUUACCAAUCUAACUUUUAAGAUCAGUUGGGCUGGCUGAAAGGGAAUUUCUUACCGCUAAAAACACGCGUCUAUGCAGCCGUUCAGUUUUUGGGUCGGAUCUUUUUAUACCCACUCGGAAUAAUACCUGGAUGAGAUCCUAAGUCUGAAAAUAACACGAUAGGCGCAAGGUACACCGAAUACACGCGCCUGCGUUAGAGGCAGAGUCACAUAAGUCAUAGAACGUGCAUAACCCUAAGAUACAUAUCGUAUAGUCAUUUAUUUGUUUCAAAAAUCCCGCCGUACGACUUCUGUGACUGGCGACAAAUAAAGAAGUUUUGAACUUGUGCACUGCUAAUCCUUCACCUUAUAUCAAUAUGUACAUACAGUCCACUGGUGACGUCGACAAAGUACACCUACGACUACAGACUGAGGCAGCGGGUUUAGAAUUGUUUAUUGUGCGCAGAAUUCUUUAUUGUGUGCAGAAGUCUUUAUUGUGUAUAUCUACUGCACAGGUAUCAUCAAGGACGAUGGCGGAGGCAACUGCAAGUUUCAUGGACGACGAUAACUUCACUCAUGUCGUCACCGAGGGCAUCAGAUAUCCACCUUUUGUUACCGAGGCCAAUCUGGAAGCCAUGGCGACCUUUGACAUCCGGGAUGACGACAUAGCCAUAGUGACUUUUCCGAAAACAGGAACCAACUGGAUGCUAGAAAUCAUCACUAAGAUCCUGUCAGCCGGCGGCCGGACCGACGCCUCUUCUGAUGACAUGGUGGGGAAGCUGGAGUUCACAUAUCCUCACGAGCCACGCCCUCAUCACGUGAUGCUGCAGGAAUGUGCCUCUCCCCGCGUCAUCCUCACCCACCUCACCCCGGACACCGCCCCGCCUGGGAUCGCUCAUCCUCAGAACAACGUUAAGGUAAUCGUCGUUAUGAGGAAUCCCAAGGACACGGCGGUUUCUUUCUUCCACUUCGAACAGAAGAUGAGGUCUCGUUUGGGAAAGCAGGCACAUCAUUCGUGGGAUGAAUAUUUUAUGCAGAAUUUCCUGCCCGGCAAUCAUCCAUUCGGCUGCUACUUCGACCACAUCCUUGGCUGGUGGGAGAGACGUGACGACCCCCACUUCUUGUUCUUAAAGUAUGAAGACAUGAAGCAGGACCUUCCCAAAGCCGUGAAGACAGUGGCGGCGAUUCUCCAGGUCAAACUGGAUGACGCUUCCAUCGAGACUAUCGCGCAUGCGUGCACCUUCUCCAGCAUGAAGUCCACCCUGGAUAACUCACGGUACGACGACAGGACUCUUAUGGCCCGCAAAGGUAUUGUUGGAGACUGGAAGACGAUGUUUACCGACGAACAAAGCAGGCUGCUCGACUUGAAAUGCAAGACAAAGCUGGAGGGGACUGGACUUCAGUUUAACUUCGAAUAGUUUAAGCCUCAGUUAAGAGUAUAUUCCACAAAGGUAGAUCAUGCAUGUGACUGUAUGUGACAAAUACAUAGGAGUACAACUCAAACCCUUGUGUGUGUUCUUUGAACCUGCCAUCAAUCUGUAAAUAAUCUCCAAGCAUAUUUACCAGUGGCAUUAUACAAAAGAAAAAGCCGGCCAUACAGUGUCCAACUGGCAAAUUGCUCCUAGCUACUCUUUUAGUCUUAUGCGCCCCCAAAUCAAUGCACGAGGGCGAAAAAAGACAAAUGCUGCAAAAAAUGCUGCUAAACCACAGGACUUUUAAGGCAAUUUCUUUCCCAGGCUUGCCUUGUGUUCACCUCUAGUAAGAUUAUAAGAGAUAAUUGUUGCCGUUUUAACAAUGUUUUUAUUGCCAUUCUUGUUUAAACAGAGAACAAGUGUACUGUUGCCUUAUGCCCUGACCAUGUGCCCCGGGAAUCUUACCCCAGAGAGCAGAUCCUCGAUCUGGCAAGCAUAGAAUUCUAAUUGACCAGGGAUAUUAUUGGGUGACAUAUGGCCACAUGUUUCGUGUUUUUUUUUUUUUUGUUGCUUUUUUAGAACAUGCUCAUAUCAAUGUGCGCGACAAUGUUAUCCAUAAAAUUAAGUCAGUGCGGCCCAACUCAGGGAAGAGAUUGAUUCUGAUAUGACAGACAUACAUGCAUAGAGUUCAAGCUUAGCAAAGUUUCCCCAGUGAGAUCUAUCAUGCAUCAUUGUAAUCAGGUUCCUAUCACUUAGUCCAGUCUCUGAUUCAAUAAAUGUUCUUUAACGUAAGGUAGAUACUGCCUCUUCGCCUCUUUGCCUCUGGGGACCACAGGAGAAGUUUUCCGGCUGGUUCGCUAUGCCGAGUGACAAGGCCAGCUAAACUUUGCCGGCGUCGCCUGAUUUCAGUUGAGAUGGGUCGAAAAGUCCCAUAGAGGUGUUUGUUUGUUGUGUGUCCCCAUCAAGGCUUGUUAUACACGACACAUAGCAUCCUGGAGAAUUAACCGUCCAGUCUACUGGUCCGAUCUGACAGAACCCUGAUAUAAAUAUCGUAUGAUCAUCAUAGCCAUUGAUUAGCUGUCACAAUCCCACCAUACCACUUCUGUGAUGGGGGUUGAGCGAAAAAUAAACAAGUUUUGAACCCUGCCCUACUGAUCCUUCACCUCACAUCAAAUAUUUACGCACAGUCCACUUGUACGUCGACACCAUACACCUACGACUACAGAAGGGGUUAGAAUUCUUCUUUGUGUGCAGAAUUCUUUAUUGUGUACAGAAGUCUGUAUUAUCACGGUACAUCUACUGCACAGGUAUCAUCAAGGCCGGUAAGUACCUACAUUUACAUGUACAGAGAAGAAACAUCCAGGUCA